AUGGCGGCUGCAAACGAAGAAGGACCCGAGCUCGUCAUCCGUGAAGACAACCAGUCGUGCAUCAAGAUGACGAAGAAUCCGGUCAACCACGGCCGCGCUAAACACAUCGACAUCAAGUACCAUCACAUCCGUGAUGAAGUCAAGCGCGGCGAAGUGAAGCUUGAAUACUGCGAGACGACGUUGAUGUUGGCGGACAUCAUGACGAAGGGACUUCACGGACCGCGUCACAAGGACUUGACGGCGGCGCUUGGCAUCCGUGCGUGUUCGGAUUGA